UUAUAUUCGAUUCGAUAUGAUCCAAUCCAAACAUCAAUUUGAUUCGAUGCGUUAUGUAGGACCAACCCAUUGUACACAGAUAGUCAUUAUGAUAAUUUGAAAGUAAAAUUGUAACUUAAGGGACUGUGAGGGUAGUGAUGGCAAUGUGAACCCUCCCCACGAAUAAUACACGACAUGACCCGCGAUGAGGCAGGUAUUACUCGACCCGCAGUUGCAUGGGACGGGACAUGGAUAUCUACUUCCGACCCAUCCUGCCUCGCCCCAUUCUUGGCCCAUUUUAUCACAAUUUCUUACAGCAUCUAUGCAUAUUUCUCCUAUUUUUACUUUUCUUCUACUAAUUAGAGUCAAUCUUUCAAUAUGUUAGACUCAAUUAUCCAUUCUAUUAUCACUAUUUUUCAAUCAUAAAGUGUUUUCCCCUUCGUUUUAUCGUAUAAAAUAAAAUGUGCAUGUAAUUUUUUCAAAUAACAUGUAAGAGUGGGUCGACUCACCUCGCUCCGCACCUGCGCGGAUUUUAUCCGCCUUGACCCACAAUAGCGUGGAGCAGAGCAUGGGUAUUGUGGUACACGCCCGCUCAGUCCAUUGCCAUCACUAUGAGGGCUUGUAACUUAAAGGGAUAGAGUACGGGCCUGGACUACAGAUUGAGUAGGCUGCCCACAAUUUGGGCCAGACCUAAAACGUUGGUCUAUUUGAGAAUCUACUAAGCCCAAAGCCAAAUUUCAUGAUUCACCAUACUCCGUUCCCAAAAUUGCAGCAUAAAGAACCCGCUCCUUUCUCCCUCCAACGUCUUUCUUCUUCUUCUUCUUCUUCUUCCAGCCAUGUCUAUACCUUCACUACACACUUUCCUUCCUCGCCCCUCACUAUCACAAUACCAUCUCGCCGUUAGGUAAGCUUUUUGCUCGAUUCCUUCCUCCCAGCCACUCAAAUUUGAUCGUCCCUUCCUAUUUGAUCUUUGCAUUCCGUAGUUUCCUAUUGCAAUUUCUGCUCAUUUCCCUUUUGCAUGCAUGCCACUUGAGCUGGGUUAGGGUUCUUCUGAACUGACGAUUCAAUCAAUUGCGUCUCGGAAAUGCUCGAUUUUUUGCUCAUUCAUGGUUUUUGUUUUCUUUUCUGCUUUCGUCUAGGUUGUUUUAGGGCUUGCUGGUGUCUCAUUUGGUGAGUCUUUUCUUUGGGGAAAGCUUGAAAAAUGGGGUUUGUGGACAACAUGAUGCAAGCUAAAUCGACGAACGUGGUGUCAUCGUCCGGCAGCAGUGCUCCCCGCGGCUGUGUUAGUGGUCGUGGCGAUGGUGGUGGUGCUAAGUUUAAGGCGCCGAGGGUUUGGUGUGUCAGGCGUUAUCCGCCAAAUUGUGGGCCUCGCAGUCUUCCCAGACCAGGUGGGUUAGCAGGAGUCUCUAAUGUUGGCAAUGGUGAUAAUGAUCCCGGUGGACUUUCUGCAAAUAAGAUUGAAUCUCUGGAUUUAGGACCAGAUGAUAACUUGGGAUUGUCAAGUUCUGGCGUUAUAAAUCCACUGCUCUUGGAGAGAUGCAGUAAUGAUGUUCGUGAUGAUUUUGCUGGACAUCCUGCGGCUAAGAUUGAAUCCCGUGAUUUAAGAAUGUCUGAAAAUUUGGGCGGGACAGAUAUAACUGGGGAAAUGCAUGAUGUCAAAUCCAAGUUGGAGAGUCCUACAGUGUCACCUGAUCAUAUGAAUGGACGCUUAGCAGAUAUGCCGGAAUCUGUUGGUACUUCACUAUCAGAGUCGCGGAAUGUUGCAGCGAUGAGUGGACCAGUAGAAGCUCUAAAGGAUGAUGUUAUUGGUUCACCACAAGAUUCCUCCAACGAAGAUGUUAGUGGUUCAUUCAAAGCAUCUACCACGCAUAAAUAUCCUCUGAGGAGAAAAUUUUCAGCUGUUAGGCGCUUCCCACCAAACUGUGGAAGAAAUGUUAAACCUCCUACUAAGCAAGAACAAGAGAAAGUUGUUGUUCUGGAAGAGGUUAAAGAUGUUAGUAUGGAUGGCGGAGCUCACAAGGGCAGGUCUGAAAGCAAUGUCCUGGAACAGAAGCCUGUGAAGAUUCGUUUGAAAGUGAAAUAUUCUAGUGAGAAAGCAACAAAGAGUGGAGAUGAUGUUGAAAUUUUUUCUGGGAAGGUUGCAAGGGUUGGUCAAGAAUGUGGACUUGAUAGAGGCAUUCGGUUGCCUUAUCAGAUUGGGGAAAGGUCCAAGGUAGUCCAUAUGUCUCAUAACAAAGGAGAACUGAAGGGGCACUUGCAGAAGGUUGCUUCCGAAAGACACAGUACAAAGCUAACUGUCCCUAAAGAGUUUGAUGAUCUCAAGGUUGCACCAAAAAGGGCGGUGGUGUUUGGUCAUAUGGCCUCAACUGGCCAUUCCUCGACCAAGGGUAAUAACCUACUCAGUGAUGGAAGUCAAAGGAGCAAUAGUAACAAAAAACAAAUUACAGCACAAGAACAAAGAAAACCAGUUGCCUCGUCCAAGGUAAAACCAUCUUGUAAACCCACAAGACAUGAAUUUUCUAGGGCGGAUGAUAAACUGGAUGAUACAGAGGAUAAUGAGAAAUGUGUUGGUUCCCAAUUAGUUAGGAGGAGGACUAAUUUAAGUGUUAACCUGACUCCUUUCGGAACUACCACUCCCAAAGGCACCAACAGUGCCAGAAAAAAGGUGAGGGAAGUAUUACGCUUAUUCCACAUUAUUUGUAGGAAGUUGGUUCAUGAAGCAGAAACUAACCCCAACAAAAGAAAAAUUCUCAAGCGCGUUGAUUGUCUGGCCGCCAAAGAGCUGAAAAGUAGAGGAAUGUGCCUCAAUGAAGGCCGGCGUAUCAUUGGAGCUUUUCCAGGAGUUGAAGUUGGUGAUGAGUUUCUGUUCCGGUUUGAGCUUAACAUCAUUGGUUUUCAUCGCCACACUCAAGCUGGUAUUGAUUGUAUGCAGCAAGGUCAAGAUUUAUUAGCAGUCAGCAUUGUAGCAUCAGGUGGAUAUGAGGAUAACUUAGAUAGCUCAGAUGUCUUAGAUUACACAGGGCAAGGUGGGAACUCUAGAGAUAAGGAAGCUGAAGAUCAGAAGCUUGAAAAAGGUAAUCUUGCUUUGAAGAAUAGCAUCAAGGCAAAGAACCCUGUAAGAGUGAUUCGCGCAGAAAUGAAAUUGUCGAAGGUUUAUGUAUAUGAUGGUUUAUACACUGUGGAAAAGUAUUGGCAAGAGCCAGGGCCACAUGGUAAGCUAGUUUUCAAGUUUCGGAUGGUUCGAGUUCCGGGUCAACCAGAGCUAGCUUGGAAACAGGUGAAGAAGUCUAAAAAAUCCAAAGUCCGGGAGGGUUUGUGUGUCGGUGAUAUUUCACAAGGUAAAGAGUUGAUUCCUAUAUGUGCUGUGAACACAAUAGAUAAUGAGAAGCCACCAGCAUUCAAGUACAUCACCCAAAUGAUAUAUCCGAAAAGCCUCACCCCUCCUGGUGGUUGCAACUGUAGAAAUGGGUGCACUGAGUCAGGUUCAUGCGCUUGUGUGGCGAAGAACGAUGAACAUAUUCCAUACAAUCAUAAUGGAGCAAUUGUUGAAGCGAAGGAUCUUGUCUAUGAGUGUGGCCCUUCAUGCAAAUGUCCACCUUCUUGCUACAACAGAGUCAGCCAGCAUGGAAUUAAAUUCCAGCUCGAGAUUUUCAAGACUCAUUCAAGGGGUUGGGGUGUUCGAUCCUUGAACUCGAUUUCUUCCGGAAGUUUCAUUUGUGAGUAUGUCGGAGAACUUCUUGAAGACAAUGAGGCCGAGCAAAGGACUAAUGAUGAAUAUCUGUUUGAUAUUGGAGGACGUGGUGAUGAAGAAGAUGUGCAGGACUCUAACUUCACAAUUGAUGCUGCAGAGUUUGGUAAUGUGGGGAGGUUCAUCAACCAUAGUUGCUCCCCAAAUCUUUAUGCCCAGAAUGUGCUGUAUGAUCAUGGGAACCGGAAGUUUCCUCAUAUAAUGUUAUUUGCUGCUGAGAACAUUCCUCCUUUGAGAGAAUUGACUUACCACUAUAAUUAUCAGAUAGAUCAAGUUUAUGAUUCGUAUGGCAAUAUCAAGAGGAAGAAUUGCUACUGUGGUUCUGCAGAGUGCACAGGUCGGAUGUAUUAAUGCCGAUAUGUUAUGGAGAUUCUGAAAGUAGCAGCUGCCGGGUUUUGCUAGCUCAGUAAUUGUAAGUUGUUGCUGUGAUUAUUUUCCCCCACUCCUUAGUCCUCAUAAAAUUUUGAUGAUCUGUGGGCUUCCUGAAGUCCGCGUUCUGUGUAUUCUUCUUAUUUAUGGCCGAGUACUUAGAUGUUUAACGAUGCAAAUGUCUAUAGGGAUUACAAAAGCCAAAGAAUCUCCAUGCUGUUGAUAUCUCUGCCGGCUGUUAUUCUCUGGUCUACUUGGUUGAUCAUGUAACUAACAGUGUGCAUGUUUACGACGGUCUCUGGCUUUGUGAAGAACUGAAUUGUAGCCCCCUUUUCUUUACACAAGUUAGAUACGAAAAUGACUGCGAAUUUCAGUUUUCCCUAUGACGAAAUGCUUGAGUUUAAACUUCUAUGCUAAUUAUUUGUCAAAAUAAUUUUCAUGUCAUUGUGCCUAUGAGAUACACUUUUUAAUUGGACUUCUUUGCUAGCUGUAUAUAGUUUAAUAUAGGUCUUCUUGAUGUAAAUAGUCACUGUCACUUGAAUAUCCUCAUAAUAUGCUUUUACCUUCUUUUUCUUGAUUUUCAUUUCAAUCUGAAUGCAUAAGUUUGAGCCCGCUUGGUGUGUUGCAUCAAUGAAGUCUCCAAAACUUAGGUUCUCCUGAUACUUUACAUAAUCUGGAACUUUUAGAGCCUUCUGAUGCAUGCCUAUGCGAGUGGGAGUAAAAAACUCGUGAAUUAGUUUCUCGUCUAUUCUUUUCGCAACUACCAGCUUUAUUCAUCUGCCUACAUGUGGGAUCUGUAGCAACGUAGUAGCAAACAUUUCGAAUCACUGACGUAGUUUUCUUUUCAUUGAUGACGCAAGAUAUUUACCAAAGGAAGUAUUUUUCAGCCAUAAUAAUUAUGGAAGAUCUCUCAAGCAAGCUUGACGUGGGAAUCAUAACCAGCACCAGGCUUCCACGAACUCGGUAAGGCCUUAUUUGCUUCUACCCAUUUCUGUUCCCCAUUGCUAGUCCCAACUUUGACCUUUACUUUUAGAGCACCCGAUGGCGGAUUAGGCAAGUCCCAAACUCCACCCCACGCCUUGUUCAUACUUUUCCAUUCCUCACCACCCUCCUGCAUUCCACAAAAACCAAAAUUAAGUUGCGAUGCAUGU